CUAUACUCUGUGGUACCUAUUGUAUUUGAUUCUAACAUUCUAAGCAAGAGACGCGACGAUAUUUUUUUCAGUUGAAAAUUUUGUAAUUAUAACAACGACUAGAGCUGUACGUAUGUUCCGUUAUUCAAUAGACAUAUUAAUUAACAAACAAUACCGUAAGACAGUAUAAUGGAUACAAAAAUAAAAAAAUGUUGUCCUAACUGUAGUCAAUGUUAUUAUCUGAAAGAUUCUAAAAACAAGACUAAUGUACCCCUAUUUUUAUCAUGUGGACACGCCAUGUGCGAAAACUGUGUUAGCAACAUAGUCAAAUUCGCAGAGCCUAUUGAUUGUAAAAUAUGCCACCAAUGUAUGGAAGUAGAUCCUAAGGAUUUGGCAUUAUUAAUACAGAACAAGAUUACUCUUUAUACCAUAUUUCCUGUUAAUGUAUUUAUGGUUGGAGAGCUUGCUUUGCAAUCUAUUGAGGAAAAAACCAGAAUUAAAGAGGAACCUAAAGAUGAAUGUUUCUUGGAUAUUAAAGGAAUACUCCAAAGUACUAAUUCUACACAGGGUGAAUGUGUUGAGUGCCAUGGACCGACUUCUAAAAUGUGUGAACAAUGCGGUAUCAUAGUUUGCAAUAAUUGCUUCAAUAAAAGCCAUAAGAACUUUGUAAUUUUCAAAAACCAUAUAUUACGUAAUAUAGAACUAAAUAAACAGAAAAAUACUUGCAAGUCCCAUCAUGAGAAGCCAUUAGACUAUUACUGUAACAACUGUAAGAAAUCUAUUUGUAUGGAUUGUUUGAUGGUUGGGGGGGAAAGGUCAUGUAAAAGCCAUGAUGUUACUUCCAUGCAAGAAGUGAAUGAACUUUUUUUGACUCAGUUGACGAACAUAAGCCCAAAUGUAGAUGAAAUAUUAAGAAGACUGAGUAAGACUGCUGUUGACAUUGGACAUCUACUCACAAAAUUAGAGUGUGAAACUAGUUCUGAUGAAUACACAAACAUUAUUAAUAAUAUUGAGCAAGACUUCUCCAAACUUACAUUCAAUAUACAAAAACAAAAAGAUGAUAUAGUUAACAAAGUGCUACAAGUAAAAUUUCAUGAAAAAGAUUCUUUAAAACAGGCAAAACAGGAAGUUACUGAAGCAAUUAAAAAAGCAUUUAAAACUGUAAAAACCAUUAAUUCUUUGGAUUCAACAAAACUGAAAGAGUUUAACAUGUCUGCAAUUUUAGAAGAUGCCAAACAAAUAAUUGAAUCUCCUUGGUACCUACACAGAGAUUCCUCUGAAAUGUCCUUAAAUACAACAGUAAACGAAGAUGUUCUUUUAUCUGUCGAAAAUUAUGUACAAUUGGAAGGGGAACCAAAUUUAAAGUAUAAAUUGGUUAGUACACAAGCAUUAAAAGAAAUAAUUGAAACUGUACCAGAAGCUCCAUCAUCGAUUGUGUAUCCACCAGUAACUGUAAAAGAUGUGAGACAAACAUGUAAACCUAACAAAGACAAAGAAACAAAACCGCUAACAUUCUUUACAAAGGCACCCAAGUAUCGCAGCAAGAGUGGAUCGAUGUCAUCACUAAGUUCAAUCAACAGCGACUCAUCGAACCAGAAGGACAAAACUUCUAACAGAAGAUCGAAGGAAAAGUCGAAUGGAGUUGCAACUUAUUCGAAUUAUCACUCAACAAAACCACGAGAUCCUGAAAGUAUCGAGAUACCAGAGAUGCAGCCUUUAGUUGAAGGCACGCGGGAAGUGAUCUACCUGUCGCACAUCGUGAGCCCGCAGGCGCUGUUCGUGCAGCGCGCGCGCUCGCAGGCCGGCGUGCAGGCGCUGCUGCGCGAGUUCCGCGCCGCCGCCUCGCUGCCGCGCCCCGCCGCGCCGCACGUCGCCGAAGACGAGCCAAAGCCGACUAAAGUUGUUCAUUCUCGAAGCACUUCAAAGAAGAUGGUGGCCACGUUCGUUGGAAAAACCGGCCAUGUUGCGACUAUUGAUCGUAGAAAGGUUAACGCAGAAUGGUAUACCACAGUUUGUUUACCACAAGUCAUCGCCGAACUUCGCAAAUCUAACUUAAAGCGUCGCAUCAUCUUGCACCACGACAACGCAAGCGCACACAGCACUCGUCAAACAAUAAAAAGCAAGGUUUACCUAGUUUUUAACAAAGCAGACAACCUUUGGCAGAGAUGUCGGGUCCAAAGCAUUGAUAAACAAGACGAAGAGAGGCCCUUGUUCCGUGUGUUCUGCUUCGAUUUUGGUAGCACUGAAAUAGUCAGUAUUGACAAGCUGCGUCUAAUACCACCCGCUCGAAUACAUUUCCCGCCGCCCUUUGCCUUCAAAUGCUCACUCGCCAACUGCGAGCCGAUAAAUGGGUCUUGGACAAGUGACGAUGCAUUUUUCAUACAGAAAGUUGUUGACAACAAGCAGGCGGCGCUGCAGGUGCGGCGCGUGUGCGGGGACGUGCUGGAGGCAGACAUUUGCACCGUGGAGCACGGCGUGAGUCUGGCACACGCACUAGCCUUCCAUGGCCGCGCGCGUCUGCCGCUCAAACUACCCUACCCAAAAAUAACCGGACUUAUCGAAAAGCCAAAAUUAUUUUUAAAUAGCAAUGAUUUUCAAAAGGACUCCGUGGAAGAAGUUUACAUUACGCAUAUUGUGAGUCCUGAUAACUUCUACAUUAGAAAGCGUCAUCUACAAGCCGAUUUUGAAAGACUAUGUGAAGAAUUGGAUCAAGAAUACAGUAUGAGUGUGAAAGAAGGAAGUGUUUACUUACCUGAAAAAGACCUAGCGGUAGCUGCGCACGUGGAGCUGACGGGUGUGCGCUGGGCGCGCGCCGUGCUGCUGGAGCUGCCGGGGCGCGGCCGCGUGCGCGCGCUGCUGCCCGACCUGGGCGCCGUCGUGCUGCUGCACUGGUCCGCGCUGCGCCACCUGCGCCCUCGCUUCACCGAGCUGUGCGCGCUCGCAACGGAAUGUCACUUAGCCGGAGUCACACCUCUCAAUAAAAAAUGGUGUCUGGGUUCGGUCGCUUUACUGAAAAAAUACGAAGAUCGUGUUUUAGAACUACAUGUAGAAGAAAGUCGAAACAGAAACUCGCUUGGAGUUACGCUAUAUGACAAAUCAGAUGAAGAAAACGUAGUCUGUAUCAAUAAAGAAAUGAUAAGACAUAAAUUUGCCAUCACAUUUGGAUUGUUUAUGUUUAACAAAAACACAGAAACAGAUGAAUUAGUUUUUACAAAUAAAUGUCCAUUAUACGACAAGAAACCUAAAGAGAAUAUAGCAGAUGACAAAAAAAAAGCAGCAACAAUGAUAAAAAAGCAAACUAAAUUAAACGAUGAAGAAUUAGACGCAAAGGAUAAAGGGCCAUUAAGAUUAGAAGUAAAAAUACUAAAUUACCAAUCACCGUCACUUAUUUACGUUUCGUUCCUUCACCAGCAAAAGAUAUUUACGGAUCUUUUCGAAGACAUUCAAAAAUAUUACACUAAAAAUAAAACUCAAGGCAAAACAGACUGGAAGAUUAAGGAUCGAUGUUGCACAAUAUGUAACCAGUCGCAGACAUGGCGUCGAGCGGUCAUUUUAGAAAUUAAUGGCAAUAACGCUAAGGUGUUUUACUCCGACUUUGCUUGCGUAGAAGCGGUACCAAUUUUAAAUCUGAGAGAAAUGCCUAAAGAAUUUGUCUCGAUAGGAGAUGCUGCAGUAAUGUGUCAUCUCUAUGGAGUAAUUCCGGCCGUCGGGGAGGAGUGGCCUUCACUAACAAAAGAAUAUUUAAAAGAAUUGCUCGAUGCUUACAAUAGAAUUUUCUUAACGAAAGUUGGUAACUUUAAAGAAAAAAGUAUGCCAGUAGAGUUGUGGGUUUAUCAUACCGUUCAAGGUGGUGCACUCGAAGCUAAUACUUCCGAGUGGAGGUGUUUAAACAAAAAGAUCAUCGAUCAAGGUUUAGGCGUGCCCGAUAAGAGCCAUGAGUCAAGUGACAACGAUCAAGAUGCAAAAAAUUCUGGACAAGACACGCUUACUUUCCUAAAUAUGUCAGGGACCGUUCAAGACUGGCUUCAAAUAGAACCAAUCCCUUUGAAGCCUCUUAAAAUAAUUUCUGAUUCAGAGAGCAACUCUUCGACUCCUGUUGAUAUGGACUUAAACACUGAAACUAAUAAACACAAUCCAAACACAAUUUUUAUAUCUGAUUGGCUUCCUCCUGAACCAUUAUCUUGUAAAGAAAUUACUGCUAUGCCAACAUACAUUGACAACGACGGCGCGAUUUAUUUACAUGACAUAUCACAGCAAGAUACCUUGGAAUUAAUCCGUAAAGCUCUAGAUGUUCGUUUUAAGCAUCCAGAUCCAAAAGCUAAGUAUGUUAAAUGGACAGUGGGCGAACCCUGUAUCGCUCUAUACUUUUUAGACAACCGUUUUUACAGGGGAAAAGUAUUAGAAGUUUACAAUGAAACUUCUAGUUGUUUGAUACACUACGUUGAUUACGGAAAUGAAGAGAUAUGCAGUUUUGAAAAUUUAAGAAAAAGUAUAGUUUUAUACCAAAUACCAAUACAGGCGCACAAAUGCAUCCUAAAUCGCAUUCGACCUAUUAGAGAUCAAUGGGACAGACAGACUUUAGAUUAUAUACAUAAAUCAAUAGUCGAGAAACAAUGUUACGUUAAAAUCAGUGGAGAGCCUGUAGGCGAUCUUAUUCCUAUAGAGCUUAAAUUCGACAAACUUUGGAUAAAUGAUCACCUUGUCGAUUUCGAGAUGGCGGUUUACACUGAUGGAUCUAAGGCUGUCGUUCGAAAAUUUGCACCGAAAGUAAAGGAAACGCCAAAACUAGAGCUUAGCUUGGAAUCUGAUUCAGGACCAGAUUACAUAAUCGAGUGUGAAGAUCCUUCAGAUCAGAGUAGUGAUUCACAAAAUGAUUUUCACAUGAAAUCUUUCGAAGGUAAAGAUUGGAAUUUGAUUAUGGCCGAAGACGAUAUAAAUACAAUAAGUGGUAGUUUUAUAUCAUAUUCACCAUUUACGGAAACAGAAUUCAAGUGCAACAUUACAGUUCUUAAUGAAUCAAAAAUGUUAGAGUUGAGCGUAAUACACGAUGAUGAAAUCAAUAAACUAUACAAUGCUAUGUUUGAAGAGAUACAAAUGGAAAAUAAUAAUAUGAACGCUCUAAAUGGAAUAUUUGAAAACAAAGCUUGCUUAGCUUUGUUCCCCGAUGAUCUAAAGUGGUAUAGAGCACUCAUUCUACAAUAUAGUGAAGCCAAAAAUCGUAUCAAAGUAAAAUAUAUUGACUAUGGUAACAUAGAAGUUGUAUCUCUUGCAGAUGUAAGAGAAAUCAGUGAGAAAUAUACAAGGCUGCCGCCAGCAACGAUAACUGUUACUUUACAUGGUGUUAAACCUAAUCCUAAGUUAGAUAAUAAAGUAUUAUUCGAGUAUUACGCAGAUACAUUCCUUGAUAAACAACCUUUUCAUGCCAAAGUGAUUGACUCUACCAGUAAAAUACCAAGUGCGGAACUUAGAGAUGAUACUGGAAAAUUAGUUUACGAAAAACUUAUUAAAGAAAAUGUACUUUUACUAUGUGAUUAAAUGAUUUUCGUUCUUUGAUUAUUCUUAUCUUUAAAAUCAUAAGUUUGUUGUCUUAAGCUAAAAUAUAGUUUGUUUCUUUUUAGUGAUUGUUAAUUUGGUAUUGACAAAAUAAAUAUUUUUUCCAUAA